AUGUUAGGUAACUCGAUUAAGAGUAUUUGUGAAAAAUUUGGCGAUUUUAGAUUCAUAAUUGGCAAUUUUAUAAACACACAACCCAAAAUGUGCCUUUCACACUACCUCUGUUGUUCCCUUCGCACUACCUCCGCAACUUCAAUUUUCCCGAAUGGAUUUUCUUCCUUUUCUACUUCUCUUUUUCACCUUUUUAAUACUAUUUUUGCUCCAUUUCACAGAAGCACACAGACAAAUAUAUCGAGAGAUUGACAGCUGAUCUGUAAAAACUAUUAAAAUGGAAGGGAGAGAGGAACUGUCACGGCCAGGCAGUUUUGCAAAUUUUUUCAGAGAUGGAUUAGGACAUUUUAGUGACCAUUGAAUUAAGUAACCAAAAAAAGUCACGUGUCAAUAUUUUGCGUGACUAAAAAAUAAAUUUUUGUGUGAUUUAUGCGAGGGUUUUUGCUUAAUUGAGCAGAGAUAACUGGGAGUGGUGGGAAGGAUUUGGCUGGGAUACUGUUGGGAUUAGCAGGAGUAUUGGGUUCUUGACGUCCGUGGUAUGACCAGAAAAUGAAG